AUGGCUGAGAGAACUUGGAUGUCUGGAAUAAGUGAAAGAGCAUUUUUCAGUGAAGAAGCUGUAUUAACAAUGAGAAGAAAGAUGAGAGCCGUUUCAUUGCUUGCAGGCCUCCCAAUUGUGUGCCUACUCGACAACUUCCAGAAUUCAAAUUCACUUGAAGGGUCUCAACUUGCAAACAACAGUGGUAGCAGUUCUAGCACUACUGAUUCAUCCACUGAUAAUGAUGAUAAUUUAAGAACAAUGACAGCGACAUCGGGCAAAGGGCAGCAUAUGAAAACAGAAGAAGACCAGGAUCAGAAUCAUGAAGGCGUGCAGUGUGUGAUUUGUCUGUACAACAUCUGCAAGGGUGAAAAAUACAGGGUUCUUGAAGAAUGCAGCCAUGGAUUCCAUGUUGACUGCAUUGAUGCUUGGCUGUUGCAGAACUCCACUUGCCCGCUCUGUCGCUGUUUGGUUGCUUAUACUCCUGCAGGAGAAAAGCAGCAGCAGCAGCAGUUGAGCGGUAGAAAUAGAAAUGAUGUUCAAGAAGCUUAUUAUGAGGCUGCAAUUGCUUCUAUCCUGUGUUUCCUGGAUCACUUAUGGACAUGGUUCCUCAACCCUCUUGGACUCGACCAAUCUUGUCAGGAUUACCAUGCUUAUCUUUGA